UUAUUUCGGUGGCAAACGAAAUUCAGAUGUCGCUUGUGAAUUCUGAUAAUGGAACAGUCGCGAAGUGAUUUCUUUGAAAUGGUGAAAUAUGCAGGUAGAAAUGUGAAAGAGAAUUAGAAUUGUUUCGUUUCAAUUUUGACUUCAAGUGCCUCGGUAUAAUGCUGAUGGACAAUGGUGCUAUCGGCGACGCCUGCAUUUUUAUUUUCUAUGGAAUCUGAUGCGUAUAGAAAGCGAGAAGAAAAUGAUAAAGGUACGGGAUUUCGAAGGUUCUGCCGACCUUGCAGUCCAGUGGGCGUUUCCGAUGAAGUGUGCUAAUCACCUAUUAAUACGAGCCAACCUGCCAGCGAGUCCUAUUGACCAUAGACAUUAGCACAGGAGUAUUCUUCAGGGAGAUCUUCAUUAUCACUCGGAAUGGGCGUGUAAUCCUGAUACCAUCACGUACUGACUGUCAAUACCGAUCGAGAGAUUUCCACUGUUUGCAAAGGAGGUUCCCCGUGGGUUAAUACUGGACCCCUUGAUGCGCAUAAGUGGUGAUAAUGGGUCUAGACUCGUUUACCGGUAAAAUCGAUGGCAGCCGAUAUUAAUGAUAUUUUCGUGGAGGCCCACGGGCUUCUAACGGGGAAUUCGAGGAAGCCAGGAAACGCCCGAGAGUAAUCCUGUCCCAGAUGCAUAAUGCAGAUGCCUAAGACGUCAAUUAAUAAGAAUGUGUACGGAGGUCGACGCGGUACAGGGAACCACCUAGAGCUGUAUGCCUUGCAUACACCUUAACUGGGGUUAGCAAGGGGUUAGCAAGGUAUCAAGGGAUGCUUAAUGUUUAACCAGCCUCCAUUACGCCCCCUGUACCUACCUCGUCAUCUACCAUCCCUUACGAGUUGGCUCUCUUCGGAUCCACCCAGGAAGUCUUAUAGGGAAACUAUGUCCUCAUGGAGACCUGGUAACCUGGAUAUAGACUCAAGGAUCAGAUCUUCUGUCGUUAUGGACCUAACGAGGAAUCCCGGACGUCGACUGGAUCAGGAAGAAAAAGCUGCAAACGAACAAAAAGUUUACUGCACAAUCAGCUUGCGUGGAGAACGUGACAGUGUUUGGUACAGGCCGAACUCGGUGACGAUGACGGGCGAAGAAUGGCGAUGACGGUGCGACUACGGGAAACUUCCUGGUGCAUUUUCACGUGAUGACAAUGGAGGAAAGUAUAAGACCGAGUAGCCACUUUUUAUACAAACUAGGAAUGCAACGCGAUGCCACGAGUGUAAAUGGAUGCACAACGUCUUUCUGCUUUAGCUUUCUUCUUCACGUGUGUCACUGUUAUUCGUCGUACGUUUAUACAAGUACUUACGUAAGGUGAGAGGUUUCCCGAUUGACCUAUGACC